AUGGAUGUUGGGCGCGUUGCAGCGUGCAUGGUAAAACCUGCUGAAUCUAAAGUCGAGGAAGCCCAAGAUGCUGGAUAUUUCCAACGAUUAAAGAAACAAUACGAGCUGCUGUCCAAAGCAAUCAAUGAUGCCGGCAACGCAACUGACGAUGCUGAGGUCUUCUUGGGCGGCGUUGUCGACGAAGUCAGGGCAAUUUCUCAACCCUAA